AUGUCUGAGAAUCACGUUUCUUCGCCAUCCAAGUCUAAAACCACCAGCGCUGGUGGUCUCCAUAAUAACCUCAAGAUUUGUGUCUUGGGUGAUGGUGGUGUCGGUAAGACAUCCAUUACAAUUCAAUUAUGUUCAAAUCAUUUUGUUGAAUAUUACGAUCCAACCAUCGAGGAUUCCUAUAGAAAGCAAGUUGUCAUCGACGAGGAAGCUUGCAUUCUGGAUAUUCUGGAUACUGCCGGACAAGAGGAACUUACAGCAAUGCGUGACCAAUGGAUUCGUUCUUGCGAAGGUUUCAUUAUUGUAUAUACAAUCACCAGUAGAUCAUCAUUCGACCAAGUCACCCUUUUCAAAGAGCAAGUCUCACGUGUACUCGACAAGGAAUCCGUUCCAAUCAUGCUUGUAGGUAACAAGUGCGAUCUGGAACACCUGCGUGAAGUCACUCUCGAAGAAGGUAAAGAUCUUGCAAAGUGUCUCGGAAUGCUGCACAUGGAAGCAUCUGCCCGUACCCGUCACAACGUCGAAGAGUCUUUCUACGAAUUGGUUCGUGAGAUGCGUCGUCGCGAGCGUGGAAUCAAGGAUCAAAAGAAGGAUGACAACAAAUCAAAGUCCAAAUUCAAGACUAUGGUAUCCAGUAACGUUAAGAAAUUAAACAAAAUCAAGACCAGAACAAUGAAUAACAUGCAAAAUACAUUCUGUAAGACAAUUCAAAAGUAUUACAUAAUAAUACAAUCAACAACUUUUCAAUCCGCAACAACAAAUAAUAGUUCAACAACAACAACAACCAAUAAUAAUAACUUAUAUUUAUUAAAAAUGAAAAUUAUAAUUUUAAUUGCUGUAACCUUGGCUCUGGUAUCAAUUUCAUAUGGUUCAUACUCAGGGAACCAGGGACCAUUCAUAAGUCAAUUCACUAGUGGACCUUCAUUUCCUUCUCUCCCACCUAUUGCCGUUUAUCAGAGUAAAGCUAGAAUAGUUGAAUUAAAAUCUGAAGCAGGUUAUCCAAACAUUUGGCAAUUGAUUAUAAAUAUUGACACCAAGAAAUUCCAAUUUCUAACAAUGAGAUUGCCAAUGGAUGUAGAUCAAGAGGAUAUCGAAUUACUUAAUAAAACAUUGUCUUCCGGAGAUUAUAAGACCUCUGCUGAUCGCUCAACAUGGUUCAAUAGAUCUAAUAAUUUACAAAUAACUAGAUUUUCAAUUAGAUUCUUACCAGAUGACAAGAUGUUCGAAUUCUAUUCCAAUUCAAUGGUACCACAAUUUAUUAAGGAUGUUGCUAACUUGUUAAACAAGUAUGCUCAAAAAUAUCUAGAUAAUGUUCAAGCCGCUUUACAUCCAACUACACCCAAUCCAAAUCCAACCAAACCGACUCAACCAAAAGAUAAUCCAGCAGCUCUGGCACCAGCAGCACCAGCAUCAUCAGCACCAGCAGCACCAGCAUCAUCAGCACCAGCAGCACCAGCAUCAUCAGCACCAGCAGCACCAGCAUCAUCAGCACCAGCAGCACCAGCAUCAUCAGCACCAGCAUCAUCAGCACCAGCAGCACCAGCAGCACCUGCCAAGCCAACAUCAACUGCAUAA